CUGCGAAGCAGAAGCUGCUUGAGAUGUUGCAGUCCUUCAGGCAUGGAAUUUUUGGAGGGGGUUUCCCACAAAAAGACUUGACAAAGCUCAUGUUUAUCAACAAACUGCUUGGACAUCCCGUACUUCAGAGUUUACACAUAAAAGUUGGAGACAAAGCUGAACUUACCAAAGCUUUUACCCAGGAUGAUGUUACUACAUUUUCUCAUUUAACAGGUGACACAAAUCCCUUGCAUUUAAAUGAAGAUUUUGCAAAGAAAUCUAGGUUUGGGAGAAUUGUGGUACAUGGAAUUUUGGUCAAUGGACUUAUUUCUGCAGUUCUGGGUACUAAAAUGCCAGGUCCAGGAUGUAUACUUCUUUCUCAGGCUAUCCGAUUUCCAGCUCCUUUGCAUCUUGGUGAGGAGGUUGUAGCUGCAGCGGAAGUGCAACACCUGAAGGGUUCUAUUGCUCACGUUUCGGUGUCAUGUAAAGUCAAAGACAGUGACAAGACUGUUAUGGAAGGGAUGGUGAAAGUCAUGGUGCCAGACCGUCAGAGCUGCUGAUCCUGUGGUACUUUACUAUAAAGGCUAGAAAUGUAUGCUUGAUUUUUGAGUCUAUCUUUUUGUAUGAUAUCACUUAAUCUGGUAAAUUUGCAACAGAACCCCUUCAGAGUGUUUCAAAGGCAGUGCCCAAACUGAAUCUUCAUAGAGAUAGAUUAAGAUGUUGCAUUAAACCUUGAGCUUUUAGUUUUCCCCUGACCACUGCCAAGAUGAAACCACUGGAACUAGGCAUGUGCUGUGGCAGAAGUUGCAUGUUUAGACAAGCUUUUGUGGCUGUGGAGAGUCUGGAGUGGCAGGGUUCAAGCUGAGGCAGUUCUUUUUGGUUCCACACUAAAUCAGUUAAAACUUGUUCCCUCUGUAUGAAGUUGUGUUGCUAAGGAGCACUGGAGGGAAGGGAUGGUGCUGUGGGUUUAACAAGCAGAACAGAAGAGGGGGUACUAACUGUAUGAACAUGUAUUCCCCUUUGCUCACUUACUGUACCUGAGUUGCUGGUAAAACAGGCUUUGGGUAAGUUCAUUUGUAAAUGAUCUGGGUUAAAUUAUCUUAGUACCGACAUAAGAUUAUUGUACACUAAGAAACUUUUUAGGACCACCAGGAGUAAAAGUACAAGCUGUCUUCAA